AUGACCGAACAAAAUCAAUCAGAGCUGGAGACUGUUUCGUUCAUUCCAGAGAAAGUGUUAGAUAAUUCAUCUCAAUAUGGAUCACUUGGGUCGCGAUAUUAUAACUUAGACAAUAUUUGUACUCAACCACAAGUCUAUCCGUCUUAUGGUGAUUCUACAAAUGCACUGGUUUUUCGCACUUAUGGCCCAUGGUGGAUAAACCUUCCGUCAUAUAGAACAAUUACACGGCAGUUCAAACGUCCUGAAAAAGAAUUUACUAGUCGAGACUUCAUCGAGAUUGAAUAUCCUGUUUUAGUGCUUACUUGUCUAACAAUCGAUAUCUACGAAACGUACAAUCCCGGUUCGUUGGAAGCAGCUUAUGUAGGAAAAGAAGAGGAACCCGGAAAAAUAUCAUGGCACCGAGUCUGGAAGUUUCCCGAUCCAUUUAGUAUUGUUUUACGAAACGGAGAAGAAAUCUUCAUUGAAAACGGUCGUCAACAAAUGCAUGAUAUAUUUCCGCAACAUAUGGAUGUUGUCACAUCAUCACUACAAUCUCUUCAGUUGAAUACAGAUCAUACCGGAAUAUCAAAAAUUUAUACUCGCCAUUCGUAUCCGCCAGCGGCACGUAUUCCGCGCAUAACGAAAAUACCUGUGAAAGACAAAAUAUCCUUUCCGACACGACACGUCCGAUUGGAAUUCGAUCACUGUACAGCGAACUAUUACAUUGAAAUCGAUACGAUUAUGUUAACCGGUCAACGUCUGAAAGAUCAUUCACCUUCAGUAUCAAUUGUUGGUGAAACGAAACGAGACGAACACGUUGAAAAUCAAUCGUCCAUGGACUUAACUAAACUUCCAUUUGACGUACUUUUCCAAAUUUGUUCCUAUUUGGAUUUACGGUCAUUGGCGCGCUUCGCAUCGACAUCUCGAUAUUUUCAACGGCAGUGUCUCGAUUCAUUACAAUUUAAAUCGCUCAACUUACAACCCUAUUGGAAUACGAUAACGAAUGAUUCGAUUGAGUGUUUCUUCUCGAACUAUUGCGAACAAACCUGGUAUCUUUCCCUAGCAUGGACUAGGAAUAUUCAACUGACGUCAUUCACUUGUCUGUUAAAUAAAUGUUCCAGUAAUCUUCGACAACUAAACCUAGCGUGUUGUCAGUAUUUGACCAAACAGUACAUCGAGGUCGUUGUCAACACCUGUCCAAAUAUUGAGAUUUUAAAUCUAGAUGCUUGUGGAUGUUUGGAGAGUGAUGAUUUUUUGCCUUUGACAAAACUCACCCAUCUCCGAUCGUUAAACGUCUACCGAACAGCGAUUGACUUUCGAACUUUACUGCCGCUGAUCAAUCAGAAUAAAGAACAUUUAGAACAUCUCAAUCUCGGUAAUUGUCUACAAUUGAUUGAUGUUGCUGGUAUUGUGCGAUUACUGUUUGCACGUUGUUCGAAUCUUCGAUCGCUUGACCUCUGGCGUUUGCGGAUACGUGAUAUCUAUGAAUCAAUUGUCGGUAUACCGUGCGAUCUUGCUAAUGAAGAAGAUCGACUUUCACAAAUACCGUCCGAAUAUCAAGAUGAUCUAGUGUUGAUCUAUUCCUCACUUGACAUGCCUGUUGCAGCCAAUCCAAUAACUCACAUGAAGUGUCUGAGUGAGAUUGAUUUUGGAUGGACAGAUCCGCCGGCAGGAUUUAUUGAAAUUCUUGUUCAACAAGCAGGCCAUUCGUUAAUCAAAAUAGUUCUUACCGCUUGUCGACAUGUUUCGGAGAAAGACAUCAUUGCCAUCAGUAAAAAUUGUCCAAAACUUCGUCAACUCGAUCUACUUGACGUGCGUGCUGCUACUGAAGACAAUAUCGAACAAGUUCUCAAACAAUGUCCACAUUUAGAAUUUCUCGAUAUCUCUUUCGGUGCGAACAUUCCCGAUGCUGUUUUAGAGAAGUGGAUUCGUCAAUACAAGAAUUGUUUCAAGCGCACUUAUCCUCCAACAGACAAUCCCGACAUUUAUCACGAAUUUGCUUAA